AUUAAAUACACCUCUUGUUUACUCAACUGUUCACCCGCCCCCAAUUCCAGAGCAAAGCAGAGCAUCAGCCAUGUCGUCCAUCACCUCCUCCCUCCUCCUCCUCCUCCUCCUCCUCGCCGCCGCCUCCCUAACCCACGUCAUCGCUGCCGACCCCGACAUGCUCCAAGACCUCUGCGUUGCCGAUCUCAACUCUGCUGUGAGGGUGAACGGGUUCCCGUGCAAACCGGCGACGAACGUGAGUGCGUCCGACUUCUUCUUCUCGGGCCUGGCCCGUCCCGGCGCCACCAACACCACGAUGGGCUCGGUGGUGACGCGAGCCAACGUGGAGCAGAUCCCGGGCCUCAACACCCUCGGCAUCUCGAUGACGCGCGUCGACUACGCGCCCGGCGGGCUCAACCCGCCUCACGUCCACCCGCGCGCCUCCGAGAUCGUCUUCGUUCUCGCGGGGGAGAUCGAGGUGGGGUUCGUGACGACGGCGAACAGGCUAGUGGGGAGGACGAUCGGUGCGGGAGAGGUGUUCGUCUUCCCGCGGGGGCUCGUCCACUGGCAGCGCAACGUGGGGUCGACGCCGGCGGCGGCGGUCGCCGCCUUCAAUAGCCAGCUGCCGGGGUCGCUGGGGGUGGCGGCGGCGCUGUUCGCGUCGGAGCCGGCGGUGGCGGACGAGGUGCUGGAGAGGGCGUUCCAGAUCGGGGCAAGGGAGGUCAGGCGGAUCAGGAGACGCCUCGCGCCCCACUAGCUCUGCUUGAGGCCAGGUGUAUGCCACGUGAGACCACUCCACCAAUGCUUUUUCAGUUACAUCGUUUAAAAUAAUUUUCAGAUCUACCUGCUUUUGUGGCCUCGGUAUGGAUCAAUUGGAUCAUUGGGUUUGAGGGAUAUGUGCUCAAUAUUUCUAAAUUUAGGAGAAAACAUAUAUUCUAAGUUUGUGUUUUUUAACAGAGGAUUGUACUUUUAUUGAUUUUUUUAAAAAUUAAUGAAUCAGGUAAUACCGUAGAUGGAG